AGCUGAUGGGUGUGUUUCACCUGCCUCUUCUUCCACCGAUGUUUCCAGUUUCAAGGGGAGCCGAAUAUGAAGGACAGACUGGAGGAGCUGAGGAACCGAGUUAACGAAGAUGGGGACUCAUUUGAUCUGGAUGAGACGUUCUCCUUUGAUAACCCUGUUUUCAAAGAGGAAGAGAGCAAUCCCAUGAUCAAAGUCUUCGAGGAGAUCACCAGCCUCUCCGUGGCUUUGGAUAAGCUGGAGGAAUUAUCCGAGAACAUUGACAAGAAGCAGCAGCAGGUGCUCUGCUGUACCACCGAGGAAAGCAUUUGCACAGAGAAAAAGGAGCUGAGCCAGAUAAAAAACUCUUUCACCAAGGAGGCCAAAAUCAUCCAGCCCAAACUCAACAGCAUCCAGGAGACCCUAGCCAAGGGCGGUGAACAGCGGUUGGCCAUCAGCCGCAUCCGUCACAACCAGCUCUCAGUCCUCAUUGGCCGCUAUCGCGACAUCAUCACGGGCCAUUAUGCUAAGGAGACCCAAUAUGUGGAGAAGCUGAAGGAGCAGAUCAGGAGACAAACCGAGCUGGCAGGCUUGAGUCUGCGGGAAGAGGACAUCAAGCAACUAGUGGAGAGCCCGAUGGCGCCACGCAUUGUCGGACAAGACCUCGAUGUGCUCAAAGCCAAGCAACAUCUGGCCAUGGCUCAAGUGCGCCACCAACAGCUGCUUGACUUGGAAGCUCAGAUUACCGAGCUUUAUUCUCUUUUCCUACACAUGGAGGUCUUGGUGGCGGAACAGCAGGAGACCAUGAACAGCAUUGAGUACAACGUCUUGCACACCCUCGACUACAUCUCUCAGUCGAACGAGGAGGUCAAAAAAGCCCUCAAAUAUGAGCGGCAAUCCCGGUUUUCUGCUGCAUUGUCUGCGCUGCUGGGCGUCUGUGCCUGUUGCACUUGCUUAUCAUGCAUGGCAACUCCAAGUGUGGUGCGGUGAGCAGAAGAUGGGGACUUGGGCAUUUGUUCAAGGGGAAACAUCUAUGACUGAGAACACUUUUGACUGUUUGAUGAGCAGGAAAAUAUGGAUUGGUCCAGGAGAGACAUUUUGGGAUGGAUGGCUUUGCAUAUGUGUACUCCGUGUUGGAGAAUGAACUUAAAACAAACAAACAACUUUGUAUCUUCACCCUUGGGUUUCUACCAGCUCUCUUAACAAUGAUUCUGUGACAGUAAUGACAUGUUUGUUUCUUCAGUGGCAUCUUUAGGAUUAACCAGCAAAAGAAGUUUUUAAAAGACAAUGGUGCUAAAGGACAAACUUGCUCGGAGGCCAAGAUUUGUAAUGAAGACUUUAUUAUCCCGGAAGUGUCUCAGAUGGCCAACAACUACCCAGCUCUGAGGGAAAGACAUUCUGCACAGGCUCUGAGACAUUGUCUUUUCUAUUUUGUCUUUGCAUGUUCUAGACUUAGCACUGAAAACCCGAGAACUAGAGAAACCCGACACUCUGAUACAUCCUGGUAAAACUCUGGGGAUUACUGUAAGGGAGUACCUGGCAAUUGGGAUCAAAUUCUAACCUAUGUUUUUGAAGUUCUGCUUUCUUUUUGUUACUGUUGACCUUUGUGGUUUGUCCUUGGCUAUAUUCCAUUCCAAGAAACCAAGGUCCUUUUUUUCCAGUUGAGGAUGAGGUCACGGGACCAUUUUAAAAUGAUUGUUUGCUCAGUGCUAGCUUUUAUUUCCUGGAUGUAUUAAUACAAGAUAGAUAGUGGCUACGAUGGCUCGGCUGCAUUCUGUGCAUCCAGGAUUUCAAAUGGGUCCCGAUCUGAUUAAAACCCGCAA